GAUAUUUUAGUGUUGAUAUUCACAUUGAGGGGAACCAAAGAAAAGAAGAGAAACCUCUGUGGCAAGUAAUACUCACUGAUAACAAAACAUUGAAUAAAGGGCAGAAAGUUUUAGGAAAACCAAUUAAUCUGGACAUAACUCCAAAUUCUUCUGAAAAACUGCCCUGUAGAUCUGACUCAUGUAGAAUGAAUUUGCCAGUUGUUUCUGAAUUAAUUAUUUGUGAUCAAAACUAUUCGAGAAAGAAGGCUGAUUGCAUGAAUGUAUGCGCAAAGUUGCAGUUUGAUAUGAAGCAUGAGAAAACGCAUGUUGGAGAGAAGUCUUAUGGGUAUAAUAAAAUCAUGAAAGCUUUCAGUUAUAGGAAAGAUAAUCAGAAACUUCAAUCCCUGGAGAAAUCUUUUGAAUAUGAUGAAUUUGGGAAAGUUUUAUAUGAUAAGACUGUCUGUGUUACAGGAGGGGAAUCCUAUAAGGAUGAUGAAUUUAGGAAAAACUGUGCUAAAGCAACUUUAUUUAAGUAUGUGAGAACUGGCGUAAGAGAGAAAUGCUUUGAUCUGAAUAAAUGUGGGAAAUCCUGUGACAGAACCACCACUAUGAAAUACAGUAAGGUUCACAUGGCUGUGAUACACUCAAAAUGUGAUGAAAAUGAGAAUAACUUCAGCAGGAUCUUAUCUCUUAUUCAAUCUCAGAGAACUGUUAAAGAACAGGGUGCUUUUGCAAGCAAUAAAUGUGAUGGAACUUUGAGCCAGAGCUCAACCUGUGUAGUACAAAAAAAGACACAAACUAGAGAAGAAUUUUGUACAUGUAAUAGAUGUAUAAAUGCUUUCUACCAGAAAUUAGACCUUAUAGUAUGUUUGAGAACUCACACAGAAGCAGAACUCUACCAGUGUGGUAAAUAUGGGAAAUGCAGGAAAUCCUUUUACCAGAAAGCAGAACUCAUUCAUCAUCAGAGGAACCAUUCGGGAGAGAAACCUGAGGAAUGUGGAGAAUCUUUUUGUUCAAAUUCACACCUUAUUCAUUAUCCUGGAACUGAUAUGACAGUCAGUCUCUAUGAAUGUAAUAAAUAUGGAAAAACUUUCUGUCAGAAGUCAAACCUCUGUGAAAAUCUAACAAUUCACACAAAGGAGAAAUCUUACGAAAACAGUGGAUGUGGAAAAUCUUACAAGUCUGCUCUCACAGUACACCAAAGAACACACACAGUAAUGAAACCCUGUCAAAGUAAUGUAUAUGGGAAAACAUUCUUCAAGAUGGUAAAUCUAAAAGAACAUCAGAGAAUUCACACAGGGGAGAAAUCCUACAAAUGUAUUGAAUGUCAGAAAACUUUCUCUAAGAUAUCACAUUUCAGAACACAUCAGAGAAUUCACACAGGUGAAAAACCCUACAAGUGUAUUAAAUGUGGGAAAACUUUCUCUCACAAGACACACCUUAGUGCACACCAGAGAAUUCAUAUGGGGGAGAAACCCUAUAAAUGUAAUGGAUGUGGGAAAACUUUUGCUGAUAAUUCAAACCUCAGAGCACAUCAAAGAAUUCACACAGGGGAGAAACCCUAUGAGUGUAAUGAAUGUGGGACGUCUUUUGCCCAUCUAUCUGUUCUCAAAGCACAUCAGAAAAUUCAUACAAGUGAGAAACCCUAUGAGUGUAAUGACUGUGGGAGAUCUUUUGUGCAUAAUUCAGCCCUUAGAGCACAUCAGAGAAUGCACACAGGAGAGAAACCCUAUGAAUGUAGUGACUGUAAAAAAGCGUUUGCCCAUAAUUCAGCUCUCAGAGUACAUCAGAGAAUUCAUACAGGGGAGAAACCAUAUGAGUGUAAUGAAUGUGCAAAAACGUUUGCCCAUAAUUCAGCACUCAGAGCACAUCAAAAAAUUCACACAGGGGAGAAACUCUAUGAAUGUAAUGAAUGUGGAAAGACUUUUUCACAGAAUACACAUCUCAGAACACAUCAGAGAAUUCACACAGGUGAGAAACCUUAUAAAUGUGGUGAGUGUGGGAAAACCUUCUCUCAGAAAUCAUACCUUAGUGGACAUGAAAGAAUUCACAAAGGGGAAAAACCUUAUAAAUGUAAUGAAUGUGGGAAAACUUUUGUCUGUAAGGCAGCUCUCAUAGUCCAUCAAAGAAUUCACACAGGAGAGAAACCCUAUGAAUGUAAUGAAUGUGGGAAAACUUUCUCCCAAAGGACACACCUCUGUGCACAUCAGAGAAUUCACACAGGGGAGAAACCUUAUGAAUGCAAGGAAUGUGGGAAAGCUUUUGCUGAUAAUUCAGCCCUCAGGGCACAUCAGAGAAUUCACACAGGAGAGAAACCCUAUGAGUGUAAUGAAUGUGGGAAAACUUUCUCCAAGGCAUCACACCUCCAGGAGCAUCUGAGGACUCAAACAGGGGAGAAACCCUAUGAAUGUAAUGAAUGUGGAAAAACUUUCUCCCAGAAAUCAUAUGUUACUGCACAUCAGAGAAUUCAUACAGGGGAGAAACCCUAUGAAUGUAAUAUAUGCGGGAAACCUUUUGCCCAUAAUUCAACCCUCAGAGUACAUCAGAGAACUCAUACAGGCAUAAAAUCCUAUGAGUGUAAUGAAUGUGGGAAGAGUUUCUCCCAGAAGUCACAUCUAAGUGCACACCAGAGAAUUCAUACAGGGGAGAAACCCUAUGAGUGUAAUGAAUGUGGGAAAGCUUUUGCACAAAAUUCAACCCUCAGAGUACACCAGAGAAUUCACACAGGAGAGAAACCCUAUGAAUGUAAUGAAUGCAGGAAAACUUUUGUUCGUAAGGCAGCUCUUAGAGUACAUCAUACCAGAAUCCACACCAGAGAGAAAAGCCUUGAUUGUGGUGAAUUUGGGAAGUCCUAA